CGACGCGACUAGCCAGCCCGGACGCGCUCCUGAGCAAGCAAUGAAACCAGGCGUGUGCGUGCCACUCACUGCACUCACUGCCAGCCUCUUUCAAUUCGCCCACCCCAGCGUCAGGAUCUUAUCUACACCUCAACCUUCAACCCACCAUCCCUCCAAUUACACGAUAUCGUCACGUCGCCGCCGCCCUCACCUCGUCACCGCCGUCAAUCGCUUGAGUUGAGUUGAGUGACCUUCUGGAGGAGCAGCACGAAGCUGCCGACGUGACACCCAUGGCGACUCCGACCAAUUCCUCCUGGUCCGCGCCGCCGCAGCCUCCGGCCGGCCAGUCUGCUAGAGGCGACGAAUCGGGCCUGCAGGUCAGGCCUAUGGGAUUGAAAGUACAUUAUACUUUUGACCGAGAAGGCCAGAUUCACUGCCUUGCCCGGUGGCCCCAGAUCCUGCACAUCCAGACCGCACCCCUCGACGACAGGAACACAAUUGGCGUGGUAGACCUCCGCACAUGCCUGCAGGCCGUGGCGCAAUGCAGUCCCGAGAUCGUGAACCAGCAAGACACCGACUACAGCGUUUAUGCCUACGACUACUCCGAGCCUAACAUGCCACUGGUUGGGCAGGGCAUGCUCUCAUGGUGUAUGAACCAGAAUAACGACCAGCAGCAGCAGCAAGCACAGCAACAGCUCGUGACGGGCCGCGUGACUAGGAGUGUUCUGACUAUUAUGAGUAAUGGCAGCCGCGAAACCCUGGAAGUGCGCCUGAAGAUGACCUCGGUUGCAAAGACGCAGCAAAUGCAGCAGCGGGCCGAAUUUUCCGGCCUCGACCAGACAAACCAUGUGAAGGCUGGGACCCCGACCGACACUGCUUCCGAAUGGGAAUCAUUCAUCCAGUCCAACCCAAUGCUGGGCCAUUCGGCAAAUGUGGCAUCGAUGCCCUCGCCAGCCCUUCCCCCUGCUCAGAUGAGCAACUUCAACCACUCAAUGUCCGACAAUAGGUACAUGGAUACGAGGACCGAGAGCGCUCCCCCUCAGCUGAAUCGGCCCGGUGGCAUCCCGCCGGCCGCCAGCAUGCCGCAGUCCGUCAUGCCGCAUGCGAACAUGGGCCCGACACCUCGGUACAAUUCUCCAAGACCAUUCUUUAGUGAUAACGCGCCAUCCUCUUCGGGCCCCCAGCCGCCCAUGGAACCCGUGCCGGAAAAGCCUCGGCCUUCACGGCCCACUUCGAGGGCGUCUCGUAGUAGGGCUCCGACUGGGCGUCCAAGGGGUCGACCGCGCAAGAAGCCCCUCGAGACCGGCAACACCUCUGCCACCGAGGAAGCCACAGACGGUGAUGAGGGUCCCCAGAAAAAGAGGGCCAAGACCAUCAAGACCGAGUACAGCGCAAUUACACCAUUCGGCUCGGCGCCGGAUUCCUUGAGGGUGGCCGCGAGCACUUCUGGAUCCUUGCGCAACAUGCGACCUGUCGGCGCUGUUGGCGAUGGCCCUGCUGCGAAUCGCCUCCAAGACAUCCCUCGUGCCCCGACUCCGAUCCCGGACGGCCCGCUGAUGCAGAAGCAGCAAAAGAGGAGACUGCUCGACAUAAAAUCGAGGUCGGACUCUGUGAUCGAAGUUGAUGGUGUCCCGCUGUACCAGUCGACAUCUGGUCAGACGUCAAUGUCCAGGAGCUUUAGCCAGGAUGCGCAGUCUCCAGCGGAGUCCAAUGCUCCAUCGCCGGACCGGUCGUACACGCCUGCAGAUAGCCCUGCUGACCUGGGAUCAUCGCCUCCCGUUCCUCGGACCGGUGCCUACAUGCAUUCCAGCCCUUUGGCUUCGAGCCCCGUUCUUCCGACUAUGCCCCUGUCGCAGGUUGAUUCUGGAUUCAUGAGUGGAGGCAUUGACAAUCUUUUUGAUGACGACGAUCUCAUGCGAGAUUUCCCACAGGGUCAGAUGCAAGAGCUGCCUGGGCCAAUGCAGGAUCCAGUCUCAGCUACCCUGCCGCCGACGAGCAAGCCCACCAACCGGAAAGAAAAUCUCGCCGAACCACAACAGCCCACAAAAUUUCCAUUCCGGGAGGAAAACCCAGGACCCCCUGAGCUGCUGCCCAUAACAAGCAUCUUCAAUCCGGCGGGGAAGGUUAAAACGCUGAAUAGACCGCCUAUUUCGGUUUCGGCUCCGCCGCCCGCCGCGAAGAAGAAUAACAGACCACUCAAAAGAUCUCAUACUGCGCCUAAUCCCAAGACGCUAGAAAAAGACACAGAACCGGAGUCCCAGCAACCACAGGAGCCACAGGAGCUACAGCAGCCACAACCACCAGAGCAGUCCGAACAUCCCGAUCACCAGCCAGAGCUGCCACACCUGCCACAGCCGGAUGUUCAACCAGAAGUCAUCCACCAAGAGGCGGCUGGCCCCAAAGACCUCUCUGACAGUGAAAUCUCACUGCUGCUUGUACAGACAAUUCAGCAGGAGCAGGCCAAGGAACGAGUUCUGCCCUCCAACUCCGCGUCAGCCCAAGGUUCUGAGGACGAAGAUGCUCAGAUUGCUCUGCUAGCCGCCAUCCAAGAAGACGGCGAUGACACCAUACUGCCUACUAUAGAGCCGCCGGCAGGAGAUAUCACCUUGUCACUGCCAGCCCCGCCGACCUCGCGACCUUCUUCAAGAGGUGCUCCACUGCCCCCGCCUGACACUGCAACCAAUGCUGCUGCAGAGACGACAACUCGGGGUCGGGAACCUGUGUCUGAGUCCUCUUGCCUGAUUAGCGACGCAGAUUCGGGCCGAUAUAACAAGAACCAGGUAAAAAAGUACGCGAUUAAGGAGCGGCUUAUUACCGCAAUAGAGAAGGGAGAGAUGCCUCCCUUCUGCAACAACUGCGGUGCCAUCGAGACCCCGACAUGGCGAAAAAUCUGGACACAAGAGCACAAGGGAGUUCCGGGCUUUCAUGAAUUCUCGGAUAAAGCGGGAUAUGUGACCAUGAUCGACGUGAUGCAGCGUGGCCCGGACGGAAAACCAACAAUGUACAAACUUGUGAAGAAGAAUCUUGGCCCUAGGGAUGACAAGAAACUUUGGACCGAGUCUCUUCUCUGCAAUCCUUGCGGUAUCUGGCUCGCAAAGUUCAAGACUCACCGACCGUCAGACAGAUGGGACAAAGACGCUGCGCGCCUCAACCAGCCUCGCAGGAAGCGCGAGGCAAAGGGGGGCAAUUCGAAGUCCAAGAAGGCGCGCACCAAGAGCGACUCCCAGAUGAACCCGACUUCGGAAGCGUACUUUACGACAGACCCGAUUGGUCCAGCAGAUCCAGAAUCGCCAAAAGACAUCAGCUAUGAAAACGAAGCAGAAUCGAGACAGCAGAGUAUGGCUGCCAGAGAAGACGACGAACAGAACCAGAGUCCGGAUUGCAUGAUUUUAAACUCGCGGGGCUCCCAAAGGCAGCGCGGGCCGGGAUCGACUCACUCGAGGGGUAGCGGAACUGCGGACAGCCCUAUCGCGGUCGAGGACGAUCUCGGGACCACCCGAAGGCUACUAUUUCCAUCACCAAGAAAAGAUGGAUUGCCCAAGGUCCUUGGGGAGCUUGCAGUUAACGUCGUGCAAACCACCACAAAUUCGCAGGAGCAAAAGUCCGCAAGCGCGGGUAAGGAGAAUAUAAGAUCGGAACCAAAGUGUCCCGGUACGCCAGUCCACGACGACCACAACGACCAUGACGAUCUUGAGAUAGAGCUAUUCGGCACACCUCCCAACCGCCCUUCCACACCGCCUCCCAAGACCGCAUCCUCUGGAGUGUUCAAGACGCCUACACGCCCGACGCCGAGUCAUCGCCCCAUUACUCGGAGCAUUUCGCGAUCGAUUCGGACCGUCAGGACGGUAGCAAAGUCGCCUGACCAAAUAUUUGGCCAGCUUCACAGAACCCCAUCCAAGACGCCUCGAUCAUCGGCUUCAAACGGCAUGAUUCUCAGCGCGAGCAAGCGAAAGAGCCCUCGAAACACCCACCUCCACGCCCACUUUGCGUUGGAUGACUUGCACAUGGUGCAUAUCGACUCCCCCCUCACAGCGACGCUGAACCAGCUGCUCAGCGAAGCCAACGACUUCACCGCCGGAUCGCCGUCCCACGGACUCGUGGAUAUCGAUCUCAGCAGCCUGCCGAACCUGGACAGCGAUGGCAUCCACCUCGGCGGCCCCGGCGCCCUGGACUUUGGCAACUACCUCAGCACCGACAUGAUCAUGCCCAGCUCGCCGCCGCUGCUUAAGAACCACGGCGGUCUGAACUUUGGGGGCUCGUUGGCGGGGUUCUCGGGUGCUAGCGCUGACGACAUGUGGGCCGAAUUCAUUGCCAAUAAGAUUGACAAGGACACUUCUUGCCUGGACGAAUCCACCGAGUCGUGAAGCAUCGUGUCGCUGAAUGCGCACCUUGCUUUACGUUUUGCCUUGCCGCAUCGUACCAGCCAGCAUACGGAGUGUCUUGGCGUUGUUGUUCGCUAGCCACAGAGCCGGCAGACCCCUAUAUCCUAUUCUCGACUGCGACUCGCAUUUUUCAGAUGGCGGGUUUAUUAUUAUUAUUAUUAUUAUUACUUGCUGGGUUUAUUUUUAUU